UUGUAUAUUCAAUGCAUUUUUUGUUCGUGAUUGUAAAUCUAGUUAGUGUUAAAACAAUCUGCUAAAGAUAAUGAUUAAGAUUGCAUUCCAGUUAAAAGUCCGAUACGUAGUUUAUUCUAGCCUAUCCCAGUAAGUUUCUCAGUAUGAGUAACCAACAUUACAUUAUUUUUCACAACAUCCUGUUUUUUUUUCAACCGAAUCCCUAAUGCUGGCCAAUCAUUUCUUAGGGAUAAUGUGACUGCUAGGAAUUCCCCACGCAUCGGUUUUCGGUAAGAAAAAAUAAUAAGAAAAUUAACAGUGUAACCUUAUGUCAGCCACGCGAACGUAGUGAAAGUAGAGUUGGCAUAUUUACUGUACUGAUAAUGUCGAGCUUCAUCUCACAAAUGGGAUUAUUUUUUGGGGAUAAUAACAAGAUGCUGAUAAAUGCCUACUGAAGAUAUUAUGCUACUGGACGAUUUUGAUGAAGACAUUGUCAUUUUAAAUGUCUGACACUAUAAAAUAAGGAUUUUAAGGCAGGUGUAGAUGCUCCAGACGCAGCAGGCCCCAGGAAGAGGCUGCCUCCAUCCAGGCUCAGCGCGGCUCUUCUCUCAAACAAGUGUGAAGAGGCCACUGGAGAAUCUCAAGAAGGGAAGCCAUUUUGUUGUGACCCACAGUGACUCUUCAGCAGUGACAUUGACAUUUGAACCUUGGGUUCAGUCUGGUGGAUUUUCUGGACAGUCCCUGGAGGGGUAGGAAAGCACCCUACCCAUCUGUGUCCUACCCUCGGAUCUUCAUCACCAUGGCAACAGCAGUGCAGCCCAAUGAGCUAGUGUUUGAGUUUGCCAGCAAUGGAAUGGAUGAAAUCAAUCAGGUCUCUCUGUGUGUCCAGCUGGAUGACCCGUCCGUGUUUCCAGCUGUCAUCGUAGAGCAGGUGCCCGCCACUGACCUGAUGCAGGUCUACUCGGGCAUGGAGUCGGAUGAGGUGGCCAACGGCAUUAUGGUGGACACCACUCUACAUGUGGUGGAGGAGCCCAUUAUGGUCGGAGACGUGGGCCUCUCAGAAACGACGGUGUCGGGCACAGAGGACAGCAUGGAGACCAACGAGGCUGCGGCAGCCCUUCUCAACAUGGAGUCACCAAACAACAUCCUGGACGAGAAGCGCAUGAUUCACACCUAUGGGACCAUGUUGGAGUCUGACUACACCUACAUCCCUCUUCGGCCGGAGGCCAAUGGCUGCAUUGAUGUAUCGCUGGACGAGGAAACAUCCUCCAUGGACGAGAUCCCUCAGAAGAGCAUGUCCAAACCACAGAGGAAAACUAAAGUGCGCAAGCCGCGGGCGGUGCGUCCAUACUCCCCCAUCACCACUCCCAGCCUGCCACUCAAGAAGAAGAGCAAGGAGGGCAAAGGGAACACCAUCUACCUAUGGGAGUUUCUCCUGGCCCUGUUGCAGGACAAGAACACCUGUCCCAAGUACAUUAAGUGGACGCAGAGGGAGAAGGGCAUCUUUAAGCUGGUGGACUCAAAGGCCGUGUCCAAACUGUGGGGCAAGCACAAGAACAAACCUGACAUGAACUAUGAAACCAUGGGCAGGGCACUCAGGUAUUACUACCAGCGCGGUAUCUUGGCUAAGGUGGAGGGCCAGCGGCUGGUCUACCAGUUUAAAGAGAUGCCUCCUGACCUAGUGGUGAUCGAUGAUGAGGACACGUGCCCCGAACUCAGCGCUGGCUAUGGGGGUCAGCGCCCCAGCCAUCACGGCCGGGGAAUGGGGGGCCGUGGAGGCCCCAGAGGCGGUCACGGAAAAAAACAUGCUGACGGGCGCCAUCCUAUAUCGGUAAAACAAGUGAAGAGAGAGCCCAUUGAUAUGGAUGGAAGGCUGUACCAUGAGGUCAACGGGACACAUGCAGAACAGAUGAUCCAGACGGUCCACGUGCUGCAGCCCAACCAGGGGGCGGCUGUGCCGGCCUCCUCGUACAACACGAGGAACAUCAACAUGGCUACCUCCGUUCCCAUGGUCCUGACAUCGUCCGGCCAGUUGCAGCCCCUCCUGUCCAACGGUGACUCCUCCAGCAACUCUUCCCCGCCCAGGAUCAUCCUCCACACUGUCCCCUCCACCACUGCGGGGGGCAAGGAUGUCCUCACCAUCCAGACGGCCUCCUUGGCCACCGGGACGGGCAGCCUCCAGGACCACCACCAUCAACACCAGCAACCCCAGUUUCUGGUCACCAGUCUGGGCUCCACCACUGCCACCACGGGGGUCAUCAACUCCACCACGGCUUCCCUCAAUGGUCUCCCCCGCCUAGUUACCCUCAACACGGCCACUGGUCAGCCCAUGGUGGCCCAGCAACCAGGAACAGUCAUCGCCACCGUGCUCAAGCCCUCGAGCGGUGACGAGCUCCUCCAUGGCCUGCACGGCAUCAAGGAAGAGAUGUUGGACCCUUACUACCUGCAGUCGUGGGUUAAUGGAGACCCGUCCUUUGGAAUGGAGGCAGGGGAAGCAGAGCUCACCUACAGGACUGUGAUCAUUGGGACGAAUCAAAGUCUUGGGCAGAGCCAGGGGGAGACUGGCAGCGAGUCUCCAGUGAACGGACACCUUGCCCAGGGAAGCAGCCCCAGCGAGGGCCUUACCCCUGUGGAGGAGCUGGAGGUGCGUGGGGAGAUGGCUCUGCAGCCAGAGCACAUGCUGGGGGUCAAGGGGCUCCAGGAGCUGCCUGAGAUCACCUUCAUCCAGAUCAAGACAGAGCCCACGGAGGCCUAGUAGGCCUGGACUCUCCCACCAAAGCUGGACUAUUGGAAUCAACAUAAAAAAGACUUCUUAACUAAGUUUCCUUUUCCUUAUCCCAAUGAUAAUCUGAUUUUGAAAAGCGAUGGAGUUUUGAAAUAUGGAGCGACAAACAGGCCAAAUGUUGGCCCCUGCAGGAUAUUUUUGUAUACUCACAGCUGUUCUGGUGACGAGCCUACAUUUGAACUUCAAGGGAUUGUUUUGUGAUGUGUUGUUGAAGGCUCCAUUGAUCUGAAAGAGUUCCACAGAGGAGGUGUCAUAAUACCCAUAAAACCUAGCUGUCAAACAGGGAAAUGGUUCCAACCAUUUUUCCACCAUCCAUUUUUCCCAUAGUGAAUUUUAGAAACACUUCAAAUGAGGGCUGUUUUGUAUAGGUGUACUGUGGCGUUACAUUUGAUAACCAUGUAAAUAUCUCUUGGACAAGGUGACUUUUAUCAAUAUAGUCGGUUCUAUUUACUCUCAGACUUGAAAAUGGUAAUUUGCAUCAAAGUAGACAUCAUGCAAGACUACAAAUCCCUGCAAGCUCCUACAUGUCAUCUCUAGCUGACACUUUGCUUACAGGUAUUGUGUCAAUUUAAAACUUGCACAAGACAGUUCACAGAAUUAUCAAUUUAAAUACAUUUUGCCAAUUUAUUCAUGACUAAAUGUAGCUAACGUUAGAUACUUAAUCCAGAGAUUGUUACCUUUGCCUCGAUUCGGCAGUCUCGUCCAGAUCAUCAUGGAAUUUGUAGUUCUUUAUGACAGCCACAUUAGCAGCUAAUUAGCAUUACAUUUUUAGGGGGCAAAUACAGGCAUAUAUAUUGAUAGAAGUCACCAUGUCAUAGAGAGAUUUACACAGUUAGCAAAACGUCAUGCCAGGGUAAGCCUACAUAAAACACAGCCCUUAUUUUAAGUAUCUAAAAUUCCCUAUGGGAAAAAUGUAUGGUGGAAAAACGAUUGGAACCAUUUCCUUGUUUUACCGCUAGCUUUUAUGGGUAUUAUGACUCAUACUGUGGUACUCUAUUGAGGUCCUAUCAAACUAUCUACCUACCUUGCUACUGUCAGUAGUCCCGCCCCCUUCCUAAACCCCGCCCCACCAGGAGAAUAGCCAUGGGAUAACCAGGAAUCUCCCCUACCACACGUGCCAGUUAGACUACUCCAUUCUCUACCUACUAGUACAUCCCAUCAGACUUGUAUCAAUUCUAACAGAGACAAAAACACCAACCUAAAAACAGGAGAUGGGAACUCAUGUGGGAGAAUGCAAUGAAAUCAGACUUGUUGAGUAGAAAAUGUGUAAUUGUCGCACGUCGUCUCCACUUUCUUGGACGAUCAAUGGAAAUGUACCUCACAGACCUUUUCUGAAGAGUGCCUUAUACGGAAAGGUACAACGGUUCAAACUCUUGAUGGGUAAAGUCUGUGAGAAGAAUAAAUGACAGUUCAGAUUGUUUAGACUUUUCUGGAAUUUCUUCCAGAUUCCACCCUUAUUAUCACAUUGUUGAUUAGGUGUGCAUUCCCUUCAUUUACACAUGGCCUUACAGCAAUGUGUUACUAUGGAAAUGUGCAUUUUCCUGUCCCCUUGGACAAUCCAAUCACAAACCUGUUUGUAUAUAGCCUCAGAAUUGAUGCAGGGAGAGAGAAAGAGAUACGGAGGAAAAAUAUAACAUAUUUUACUAGCCUCCUAUCUCCCCAUUAAGACAUUUAAUCCUGAUUAUAUAUGUAGUAUAUACUGAACAAAAAUACAAACGCAACAUGCAACAAUUUCAUUGAUUUUACUCAGUUACAGUUCAUAUUAAAUAAAUAAAUUAGGCACUCAUCUAUGGAUUUCACAUGACUGGGAAUACAGAUAUGCAUCUGUUGGUCACAGAUACCUUUAAAAAAAAGGUUGUCCCCACACAAGGUGCACCUGUGUAAUGAUCUUGCUGUUUAAUCUGCUUCUUGAUAUGCCACACCUGUCAAGUGGAUGGAUUAUCUUGACAAAGGAGAAAUGCUCACUAACAGGGAUGUAAGCAAAUUUGUGCACAGAAUUGAAGAGGAAUAAGCUUUUUGUGCCAAUCAAACAUUUCUGGGAUCUUUUAUUUCAGCUCAUGAAACAUGGGACCAACAUGUUUUGUUCUCUCUCUCUCACUCUCUCUCUCUCUCUCUCUCAUAUAUAUAUAUAUAUAUAUACACUGUAUAUAUAUAAUUGAGGUUCAAUUUAAGGCCACAAAUGUAUUUAUUUUGUGAAUGUCUAAAUUCUUUAUUAUUUACAUAUGCAAAACCCGAGGGAAAAUAUACAAAGUAUAUGAAAUGAAAUAACCAGGUGUCAUUUUUUUUCUUCCAAAAAGCAGAUAUUUUUUUUUAAGCAUUCCAUAUAAUCAGUGCAGUGUUGAUGAUGACAUUUUCUCUGUUUUGUACUCAAAGUGAUUUGCCCUGAAGCAAAUGAUCAUCUCUAUAGAUAUCACCUGACCUGUGCAUUUUUUUAAAGAUUGUAUUGUAUGUGCUUUGGUUUUUAUCAUCCCAUUUAACAGUGGACAUACCUCUAGCUGGAGUGAACAACAGACCAUCUGACGCACUCUAGCUCAGGACCUGAAGACAAACUUUGCAGAGCAUCAGUCUUAUGUCAAUCAGAGUUCUCUGUGUCUGCAUUGACAAUCUGAACGUUGUACAGUACAAAUGCAAUGCCAAGUUAUGACAAUCGAUGCUCUCUAGGGUUACAAAGAGGACCAAAACUGUCUUUAGUGUUGAUAAUUGACUGCAUUGACAUCUGUGGGUGGGGGUGAUUGGAUUGUCUUGCUUACAGACGCUUACGUUGUAUGUACAACGCAAGUAUGUUCUGGCCAACAUUUUCCUUGUAAGCACUGUUGUAUGUGAGAUGUUGGGGUAUG